AUGUCUAGAACAACUGAAUCACAUUCACAAGUAGAAUUAAAAAUACAUUGCAGACAAUUAAUAACCUCGGAUUUUUUAUCAAGGAGUAAUGCGCAAGUAUAUUUAUUAAUUAAAGAUCAAAGGACACAAAAGUGGGCAACAACUUCAUGUUCUACUGAAGUAAUUUUAAGCGAUGCGAAUCCUGAUUUUGUUAAAAUAGUUCAUGUAAAUAGACCAACUAGACAAGAUUGGAGACAACAAGAAUUAAUUGGACAAUUUGAUUAUGAUCUUGGAUCUUUAAUGGGUGGUCAACAAAGAAGAAUUCAAGGAAGGUUAUGUGAUCCAAGAAAUCCAACAAGGAAUUGUGGUCAAAUCAUAAUUUCGGCCGAAGAAUUUGCUCGAUCCAAAAAAGUUAUAAGAUUACGACUUCAAGCUAAUCAAAUAGAAAUUAGGGGAUUCUUUAAAAAGAAACCAGAUUUAUAUUUUAGAAUAAGUCGAGCUAAUGAGGAUAAUACAUUUUCACCAGUUUAUGAAUCUGAUUCUAUUGUUUCUGAAGAUCCAUCUUGGCCGGAAUUCGAAAUUUCGGAAAAUACAUUAUGCAAUGGAGAUGAAUAUAGAACAUUAUCGAUUGAAGUGAGAAAUAAAAGAAAAUCUUCACAACCGAUAAUUGGGAUUUGUACAUUAUCACUUAAUGAAUUGCUUUCAAACCUGACAAAAUUCCAACUUCAACCACCAGCAGCAACAAAACUUAACAGUAGAGCAUCUUUACGUUUUCUUCAUGUUUCUACAUAUGAACCACCUACCUUCUUAGAUUAUAUAGCUGGUGGUAUAGAAAUUAAUUUAGUGGUGGCAAUUGAUUUUACUGCUUCAAAUGGUGAUCAUAGAAAUCCUACCAGUUUACAUUAUAUCAAUCCAAAUGAGGAAAAUUUAUAUCAGAAAGCUAUUUCUAGUGUGGGAAAAAUACUGGAAGCAUAUGAUUAUGAUAAAAGGUUCCCUGUUUAUGGAUUUGGUGCUAAAUUUAAUAGAGUGUUGUCACAUAUUUAUCCAUUGAAUAAUGAUUAUAGAAAUCCUGAAGUUACAGGUAUUGAUGGAAUAUUAGCUGCAUAUUCACAUACGAUGAAUUAUGUUGAAUUACAUGGACCUACCAAUUUUUCUCCUAUAAUAAAUCAUACUGCCUCAAAAAUUAAGUCAGAAUUGGAUGCUGGAAAUGAUAUGGUUUAUUAUAUAUUAUUAAUAAUUACAGAUGGAGUAAUCACAGAUAUGGAAUCAACAAUAAGAGCAAUAAUCAAUGCUAGUUCAUUACCUCUAUCAAUAGUUAUUGUCGGUGUGGGAAAUGCUGAUUUUACCAAGAUGCAUAUAUUGGAUGCUGAUGAUGUACCUUUGACUGUAUAUUUUCAAACGGAAUAUUCAAAAUAUUUAUUACCUAAAGCAGUUUUAGAAGAAAUUCCUGAUCAAUUUUUAGGUUAUAUGAAAAGAAAUGGAAAAUUACCUCAUUCUCCCGCUAAUAAUGAACUUGUUAAUGGGAUAGUCAAAAAAACUGGACCGUGGUGUCCGGAUAAGAAAGCUUCCCUUAAAGCUAAAUCAUUACCUGAUGACGAAAAUAAAAGAAUCUGGUCAUUAAAAGACCAGAUUUCUUCAUUACAAUUGGAAUCUGAACUGAAUAUGCUAGAAUUAGAACUAGCCAAACGAGGAUGUCAUGCAUAUGCUUACAUAGAAUUUGGACAAAUGGAGAAGAGAAGAGAACCAACCAGUAUGAAACUUAAAGAAUUAGAUCCAGUGAAUUACGAUGAAAGUACAGAUUAUUCAGAUACCGUGUCAUCUGCUCAUUAUGACACAUUUGCCUAUAAAUAUGAAGAUCAGGAAGAGGAGUGUGCAAAUGAAAUUGAUAUUGGAGAACCCAUGCAUGUUUGA